CGCCUCCCCGGCCGCGGCGGCUGUCACGGGGCGAGCGGGCCGCGCCGGGCUCCUGCGGGGCGGGGGCGGCGCUACGCGGCGCCCGUGGCUUCCCCCUCGGCCUGGCCGCGGCUGCCCGGCGGUCCCCGGGCUCCGCCACCAUGUUCAGGCGGAUUCUGCAGCGGACUCCAGGUAGAGGUGGGUCUCAGAGCUCGGAUUCGGAUUCAUCUGCCACACCAGGAAAUGCUGUGGACUUGAACAAUGAAGGCUCCUCCGAGGGCUUCAUCUGUCCGCUAUGUAUGAAAGUGUGUGUAACUCCCACUGAUCUGUCUGAGCAUUACCAGAAUGAGCACACUGGGACAGAAGGAAGACAGGAGCUUCGUGACCUUCCAGCUGUUACUGGUUUUAUUUGUCCCCUCUGUAUGAAGUCUCAUGGAUCAGCUGAGGAGCUGUUUAAGCACUAUGAAGCGGUUCAUAAUUCUGGCAUUGAUUCAACUCAUGGAGGGGAAGGUCAUCUGUCACCGGAAAGAGAUGAAGUAUCACUGCUCCGACAAGAAGUCCAAGACUUACAGGCUUCGCUGAAGGAGGAGAGGUGGUAUUCAGAAGAGCUGAAGAAGGAACUAGAGAAAUUGCAGGGGCAGCGGCAGCAAGAUUCUAAGUCCGAUGGAUUGACAACAGCUACAUCUACAGAAUCAUUAGAACGGCAACUAGAAGAGGUCCAAGUAGAAAAUUUUAACAUUAAGCAGAUGAAAGACUUAUUUGAGCAAAAAGCAGCGCAACUGGCCACUGAAAUUGUGGAUCUUAAAUCAAAGUAUGAUGAAGAAAUCAGCCUUCGGGAAGGUGUAGAACAGAAAGUGACAAAUUUGACACAAGAACUGCAGAAGGAGAGAAGUACAGUGGAAGACUUAAAGACAGAGCUGCUACAAAGGCCUGGUGUGGAAGAUGUGGCCGUCCUGAAAAAAGAGCUGGUCCAAGUUCAGAUGCUGAUGGACAAAAUGACACUGGAACGUGAGAGAGAAUCUGAAAAGCUGAAAGAUGAGUGCAAGCACUUGCAGGCAGAGCAGGCUGAGUCGGAGACACUUAAAUUUGAGGCUACUAUUAACCAGUUAAGAGCUGAACUUGCCAAAGGACCUCAGGAGGUAGCUGUGUAUGUUCAAGAGCUGCAAAAACUUAAAAGUUCAGUCAAAGAGCUAGAACAGAAAAACCAGAGUCUGACUGAGAAGCUGCUGAAGAAGGAACAGGACUACACCCAGCUAGAAGAAAAACACAAUGAAGUAUCUGUGAGUAAGAAGAAUGUGCAGGCAAGCUUUCACCAGAAGGACCUGGACUGCCAACAGCUUCAGGCAAAGCUGUCUGUAUCUGAAGCCUCGAUACAGAGAUUACAGACAGAGCUAGGUGAGAAGGUGGAAGUGAGCCAGAAACUUAAAGAAGAGCUGUCUGAAGUAGAGAUGAAGUACCAGCAUCUCAAGGCGGAAUGUAAACAGCUGCAGCAGCAGAGGGAGGAAAAAGAGCAGCAUGGCCUGCAACUCCAAAGCGAGCUCAGUCAGUUGCACAGUAAACUUCUAGAAACAGAGCGUCAGCUAGGGGAAGCACACGGGCGGCUCAAGGAGCAGAGGCAGCUGUCUAGUGAGAAACUGAUGGACAAAGAGCAGCAGGUGGCUGAUCUGCAGUUAAAACUUUCUCGUGCUGAAGAACAGCUAAAGGAAAAAGUAGCAAAUUCCACAGAAUUGCAGCAUCAAUUAGAUAAGGCAAAACAGCAGUACCAGGAGCAGCAGACACUUCAGCAAAAUACUACAGCAAAACUACGAGAAGCCCAGAAUGAUUUGGAGCAAGUACUACGACAAAUUGGAGAUAAGGACCAAAAAAUUCAAAAUCUUGAGGCUUUGCUUCAAAAAAGCAAGGAAAACAUCUCACUGCUAGAAAAAGAAAGAGAGGACUUAUAUGCCAAAAUUCAAGCUGGUGAAGGAGAAACUGCAGUUCUUAACCAGCUGCAAGAGAAAAACCAUGCAUUGCAAAUACAGGUAACUCAGCUGACAGAGAAGCUGAAGAAUCAAUCAGAAAGUCAUAAACAAGCCCAAGAGAAUUUGCAUGAGCAAGUGCAGGAGCAAAAGGCUCAUCUAAGAGCUGCUCAAGACCGCGUGCUUUCCCUGGAGGCAAACAUCACUGAACUAACCAGCCAGCUAAAUGAAAGUAAAGAGAAAGUAUCACAACUUGAUGUACAGGUAAAGGCAAAGACUGAAUUGCUACUUUCAGCAGAAGCAUCAAAAGUUGCUCAAAGGGCGGAUCUUCAGAAUCAUCUGGACACUGCUCAGCACGCACUGCAAGAUAAGCAACAGGAGUUGAAUAAGGUCAGCGUUCAGUUGGAUCAGGUUACAGCUAAGCUGAAUGACAAGCAGGAAUACUGUGCUCAGCUGGAAGCCAAUCUUAAAGAAUACAAAGAGAAGAGUCUUUAUUUAGAACAGAAAACUGAAGAGCUAGAAGGACAGCUUAAGAAACUUGAAGCCGACAUUCUUGAUGCUAAGUCAAGCAGGGAACAAGCUCUUCAGGAGUUGCAGCAGCAGCGACAGCAAUCUACAGAAUUAGACCUCCGAACAGCAGACCUGAGUAAACAACUUGAAGCAGCAAGAGAAGCGAUGUCUAAUGCUAAACUCGAUUUGCAGACGAAAUCUGAGGCCCUUGAACAAGCCAAACAGCAAAUUUCAAAGCAGGAGGAGGAAAAGGCCAGCCUCAAAGAAAACCUUGAGAAAUCAAAUCAAGAUACAAGUAAACAACUCAAGGAAUUAGAUUGUAAAAUGCAAGCAGCAACAUCAGAGUUGCAACAAGUGAAAUUAGAGAGGGAUACUCUAUUAAAGGACCUUACAGCUACCAAAGACAAGCUCUCAAAAAGUUCUGAAUCCUUCAAAAAAAGAAAGGAUGAAUUAGAAAAAGAAAUACAAAAAGGAAAAGCAGCAGUGGCAGAAAUGGAAAAAUCUUGCCAAGAAGUGAAGAACCAGCUCCAGGUACAAACAGAGUCAGUUGCUAAAGAGAGGAAUGAGUUGAAGAACUCACUGGAAAAAAAGGAGGGGAUAUCUAAGCAGUUGUCGAUAGAACUUGAUUCAGCACGAGCGCAAAUACUGGAAAUUCAGGGUCUUCUGAAGGAGAAAGAAAGAAGCGAACAACAUCUCCAGGGAAAGCUGAGAGAGUUAAAGGAAUCAUUUGAGCAGAAGAAAAAACAUAGUGAAACACUGCAAGCUGAAUUAAAAACUGCCCUUUUAGAAAAGGCAGAACUGGAGAAUAAACUCCAACAGCAGUCUAUUUUGUCAGCACAGGAGCUUAAAGCAGAAAGAGUAAAGCUAGCAGACUUACAGAAGAGCCAUGAAAAACAUAAGGAAAACAUGGAGAAGCUGCAGCUGGAUCUUUAUGGGAAAGAGUCUGAGCUGCUGGCAACCAGGCAAGACCUUAAGUCCACAGAAGAAAAACUUGCUCUAGCUCAAGAAGAACUAGUUUCCAGUAGAAAUCGAAUCGCUAGCAAUAAUCAGCAGAUUCAGGAAUUGAAGAAAGCAAAGUCUGCACUGGAGCAGGAUGCAUCAAAGAAGGAGCAGCAGCUGGGUGAGAAGACCAAAAUGUUACAGGAUCUUCAGAAUGACAGGAUUUUGAAAGAAAAAGAUUUGGCUAAUGAAAAAUGUAAAACAACAGAGCUCCAGGAAAUAAGGAGUAGACUUGAAAAAGAAAGUGCCAAGCUGGGUGAAGAGCUUAGAGCCUGCAAACAAGAAUUUGAGAAGGAUGUGGCAAAUCUCAAGGAUGCAAACCAGCUAUUGAUUCAACAGAAAUUAGAACUGCAGGGCAAAAUAGAUAAUAUGAAUUCAGCUCUGGAACAGGAGAAGACGACCCAUCAAUCUGUCAAAGAUCAGCUGAAAAAGAGAGAAGAGGAGCUGAAGAAAGAAUAUGCUGAAAUUGAAGCUAAACUGCACACAGAGAAAAAAGAGAAAGAAGAAGAAAACCAGAAACAUGAGGAAAAGGAGACCAAGCUUACCAUGCAGGUCACAGCCCUGAAUGAAAACCUGGCUACCAUGAAGAAAGAGUGGCAAAGCAGUCAGAGGCGAGUGAGUGAGCUGGAGAAACAGACGGACGAUUUACGUGGGGACAUUGCUGUCUUGGAAGCAACAGUGCAGAAUAAUCAGGAUGAGAGAAGAGCAUUGCUGGAGAGGUGUAUAAAAAGUGAGGGAGAAAUUGAAAAGCUUCAAGCCAAACUUGUAGAAAUGAAGAAAAAGCUGGACAACACUACUGCUGCAAUGCAGGAACUUGGCCGAGAAAACCAGUCAUUACAGAUCAAACACACCCAAGCUCUCAACAGGAAGUGGGCAGAAGACAAUGAGGUGCAGAAUUGUAUGGCUUGUGGAAAAGGCUUUUCAGUGACAGUGAGAAGGCAUCACUGUAGACAGUGUGGAAAUAUCUUUUGUGCCGAGUGCUCAGCAAAGAAUGCCUUAACUCCUUCUUCUAAGAAGCCUGUCCGAGUUUGUGAUACUUGCUUUAAUGACUUGCAAGGAUAACUGGCCAUCAUGAGUGACAAAGAAAUGCUACACUAAAAUUUGUAAUUUCUGUUGAUGCACUUCAUUCAGCACUCAGACUACUAUUCUGUUGGACGAUGAUUGUAACACUUGGCAAAAUUUAGUAUAUUUUAAAAUGUUUAUUGAUACCAAGUAAAAACUAUUGUAUUUUUUGUGAGACAUGGGCUCAGAUCAUCCAUAGCUUAUUGCCAUUUAUCCUGGAAAGAGCUUCUAUGUCUAGAUUAGAAAUACCCAGUUAUUUGUAAAUAAAAUUUAAACAGAGGAGUAACAAUGUAUUUUUUUAUCUUUUAUUUUUUUGUUCAAGAGAAACAGCGUUUAUGUGAUAUUGCAGUUUAUUCGUUUCCUUCAAAGAAAAAGGAAGAUGCAGAAACUUGUGAGGAUUUUAUGUAUCAAAUAUUGCUGUAAAAGCAUAACUAAUUGUUGCAUUUGAUUGCAUAUCUGAUGUUCUUUAUAACCCCUUGUGAUUCUGUUUUCCUUCUAUCUCUCUGGUUCUUGGACUUUUCUCUCUGAAGUUUGAACUCCACAGUGAGGGUAAUGGCUGGACUCGACUCCAACUCAGCUCUGUUUGCCCACUUAGAACUUGUAGUAUCAGCACCCAAGUCCUUAUACAAAUACAGCGCUUGGAUACUGGAACCUCUUUACACAUACUGUAUUCCGUAGUUUGUGUGUGUGUGUCUGAGAGAGAGAGUGUGUGAACAGAUGAUGAGACGAAGUUUAGCUGGCAUUGUAGGAAUAUUACGUGAUGCAUUGCACUAUUCCAUCUUGUAUUGAUUGAUUUAACUUUUUCAUAUUUAGUUGAUGGAUUUUAAUAUCCAGGAACCUUCAUAUGUGGGUUUUAAGAAGCAAAUCUAUACUGGUAGUAGCCUGUAGUGCAUCUCUCCCUCUGCCCAUACCCUGGAAGUCCUGAGAGAUCGUUGUGGUUCUAAGGGACAUUCAGACCUUCCAUGCUAGGUACCCCACUAAGAAAAAGUCUCUUUUGAGACUUCUGCAGUUUAUCUGACCGUUUCUUCUGUCCUUUCCCUCAGCUUUUGGUGGAAGAAGCCAAACUGUUACACCUAACAAAGCUCAGUUUUCCAUUGCUCCAUCGGAUCCCCAUUAAAUGUUAUGUUAGUUACAUGAUUUAGUCUGCUCAGAAUGGUGGUGUGAAUCUCCUGCGCCACUGGCUUAGUUAUAAGCCAAAGAACUCAUUUAAAUAAGAGGCCAAUAUAUAUGUCUUUAGAUCUUUGUUUCUAUUUUUUUUUCUGUUGCAACAGAGGUUUCUUUUAGAUUUCAUGUGGGCUCCAAACUUCUUUUUUUUUUUUUUUACACCUGUUCAUUCUUUCCUGCCUAUCUGUAACUUUUCUUCCCUUUGUAUCUGGUGUUUCGGAGAACUGUUAAGGUUGUUUCUUCUGAGCAGGGGUUAUGCCUUCCAAUAGUUAGGGACUCCUUGUCUUAAAAACCCUAAUAAAUUCCCCACACCCCAAGCCAUUCUGUGUCUUAAAUUCUGUCAGCUGUUGAGAGAAAAGGACUGUGUGCUGAAUUCCUCUGCUUGCCCAAGUUAAAGAAUGAAAUUCUGUCACAAUGAUGGAAGCUUAGCAGGUCAUUUGCUUUUAUCUCUUGACAGUUCUAUAUGUGAAUGAAGAAGAGUUUCUUUUAUGAAAAAUGUGUACUCCUGAUUGACUCUCAAGUGAAAGAAAUUCUUAAAUCCCUCUACUGCAGAAGUAGUGAUCUGUAUGUUUCAUAUCCCUUCUUAGCUUACCUGUCUAGUUCUACAUUUGCAGCCUUGAGGAGUCUUCCUCAAGGAGUUUUCUUAAGAUUAAAUUCUUAUUUCCCAAAAGCCAGCUUAAUUAUGUAACUGGUUCUCCUCACUGUAAAAGGGUUUGGGAUACAGCCGUGGUUUAUAUGAAAUGCUGACCUGCUGUUCUGGUGCGAACUUGUGAGUUGCUUGCUCAAAAGAAACAAUUGCUGCAAAGCUUCCAUAUAAACAGAGCCUCUGGACUCGCUGUUUCUCCUUGUCAGUGUAACUGUUGACCAGGAGUCUUUUGAGUAGAAAAAUGCGAAUGGAAUCUCUGCCUCUGGAAAUGCUGUUUUUCUGCUUACUUAUUGAGAGAAUCUGAAGAGUUUGCUUUUGAGCCUUUCUUUGACUGACACAUGACUUGAGAAAUGUGGGAAGAGUAGAGGUGUGACAGUUGUGCUCCAGCCUAGAUGCACUCUGCACUGUGUGUACCGCAUGAAGCCUUGUGCUGCUCUCGGGGGAAGGACAACCACAUGGAGCAGAAGGGAUUUUGAGAGGGGAGAGAGAAACUUCCCAUGACUAAAUGGAUGAGGCAGAGGAAAUGGAAAUUUUUCAGUGUGAGUUAGGAAAAGGAUUAGAAGAUUCACCUGUGUUCAGGCAUUUUGCUUUUGAAUGGGAAUAUGUGGAAGCUGAGGAGAGAGGUCUGUAGGAAAGGUGAAGUGUUAGAAGCUCUAGUACGGUUGUUCUUAAUUCAGCCUUUGGGGCUGCCUGUGUGUGAAGACAAGUAGAGUGACCUCACUCAGCUGGCUGCUGAAUCCAUGUGGUUGCCUGACCACAGAUCAGAGCUUGGUCUGGUGCUCCUCAGUUUCAGGGGCAAAACCAGCUUGGUUUCUGAAGGCUGCUUUUUGCUGAGUAGUUUAUAUGACCAAUUUUUUGAGGGGAUGGAAAUGCUUUUUAAAUACACGUUUGUAGAAAGAAGCAUUGUUAAAAUCCAGAGGAACGUUGGCGGGGUAGAAGCUUUCAUGCUUGAGCUUUGAGUCUGCAGCAAUAGGUCAGGAUUUCUACAGCUUUUCACUAGAGUAAAUCUAAGGCACCACUGCUAAAUCUCACACUUCUUUUGUGCUUAUGAUUCUUAGUGCUAGUCUGUAUUUGUUCACAAGCUGGUGGUGUACUAGACCCUAUAAUGCUCUUGGUCUUACUGCCAGGUUGAAAGUUGUGCUCAAGCUCAGUAAAAUGACCUAUGGGAUACGUAAGAAGGGAAACUGGAAGGUGAAAAGCUUUGUAUUUAUAAAUCUGCUUGCAGAGUUUGACUGUUUUGAUGGGCAUGGUUCAGUAGGAGUGUGGGUUUUUUUUUUGCACUGCUUUAAAAUACAAAUAGGAAAACCUAGUAAAAAGCCUGUAACUUUCACCAUUCUGAGUUAAAGCAUUCCAGACAAAAUAGUGAAAUGCACUGAUUUUUCAGACCACAAACACGGGAACAGAGGGGAAAAAAAUGAAAUAAAAUGGCAGAAGAGACUAGAGCCUUGGAACCAGAGGAUGCAAAGUGAUGUGUUUUAACAGCCUCUAGCAAGAACCAGAUUGCUGUGAUUCACUGAGGUGAGGCCAUUAUAGAGGAAGAGGUGGAAAUGAUGGUAAAACCGGUGCUGGAACCCAUAGAUGCGUGGGAUCCUCAAGCUGUCUUUGACUACUAGGCAUUAGCAUGGCGUCAGGAGCAGGACAGUGAAGUGUGAGCUUUGGUUGUGAAACUGUCCCCUCUGCAGGAUACUCCAUCCAUGUUCAGAAUUGCUGGGGGGGCAGAAUAUGAGACUGGCUGAGACAAGCUACAGAGGCAAUCAGAAAAGUGUAGAGGAUAGUCUUAUUAAGGAUGGGAAGAGCUUCUUUAACUUCCUGGAGACUUCUCCUCUCUUCCCAGUCAAAGAGCCACAGUCCCAUGUAUUGUUGCCUCCAAAAUGCCAAAUUCACCGUGUCAGCAAUACAUACUUCAUACUUUGGUUCUGCAGCCCCUCUGGAGGCAGGUAGUGUUGUAAAGGUCGGUGGCAGGCAUUUGUCUUUAGCUGGCUGUACUUCCCUGUUACUUAUUUCUACUCCCCGUGUAUUCCUCCAGUAAUCAUCCCCUUUCUGCAAAGGUUGAACAAAGAGGAUAAAAUUAAUGAGUCACAGUAGGAAAAGUUGCUGUCUGCAGUUGAAGACGCAAAAGGAAUUUUCUGCUGCAGUUUCCAGCAGAGGCAGGAGGUUUAGAGGGAUCUCGUUUUUCAGCCGGCUUCGCUCUCUGGCACAAGACUCUGAGGCUGUAGGUUACAGUGCGAGUUUUUUUCCUCUGUUUUUUGCAAGGUGUCAAGUAACCAAAUUCCCAUGGAGUGUGGAGCACUAGGUACACAAGAACAAUGAAUGGCUACUUUUGUUGGUUUUGGGUUGAUUAGGAUUAUUUGUGAAUCCUCACUGGAAAAGCUUUUUGAGUGAAGCCAGAAGAGAUUUGGGAGGAGAAGCAUGAAGUAGUGUAACCUUGCUGCGUUUUUAUUACAUAAGCAAGAACAGUUGAGCAUCUAAUGCUAGAUAAGAGAAGUGAUAUUCCUAAAGAAAGGACCUGGAAAACUCAAGUGCAUUUCUGGAUUGUUAAAUAUCAAUUAAAUGCAAAGAAGGAACAAGUGCUUGUUGCAUACUUAAAAAGUUUAUGACUGAGUGGCAGACAGAAAACUGCAGGAGCUUAAGUUUGAACAGACUGUAAACUGUGCCAAGAAGAUUGAUAUCAUGGUUUGAGUAUGUUGAAACUGAUAAAUUACUCUUCCAAGUACUACCCCUCCCACUCUCAUAUUCUUGGAGGACUAGGAAACAACACUGUCAUUUGCACUACGCACUUUUUGCUGUCUAACUGAAUAUAAUCUACAGUAAGUGGAAUGGCAUAAUUUGCAUUGCAUGUGUUAGCUGUAAUCGAUGGACUUAUCUUCAGCUGGACAAUGGUUUAUCUUCAGCUGGACUUUUCACUGUAUUACAUUUGCCCCCUUGCUAUGUAAGGAGAAUUGCACUCAUAAUUCCUUUGUACCAAAAAUGCGAUCAUCAUCUGAGAGCACACAUAAAAACAAAAAACAUGUAGUCACGCACAGGUCAUCUUUGUAGAGAUUCGUUUUAAGAUUAUAAAAUGAGAAAACGUGAAUUUUAUGUAUUUUCAAGGGUCUUGACAGUUGUCCAAUUCUUAUUUUUUGAAGUCUUGAUGUCAGUAUCCCGUCUAGGAUAAGUUUAAAAUUACUGUCCAACCACAGCCUCUCCAAAAGCACUGAAUGGUGUACUUUUCAAGAACAGCAAUAUUCAGAUAGUAAAGUCCCACCACAAAAACUCAAUUUGGGGUGUGGGGUUUUUUUGUUUUGUUUUACGGGGCACUGAAUAAAGAGGUUUGCAUCUCUAGAGAGAACAUUAGAUGCCGUUUAAGAUCACAGUAAUGAAGAGGAUAGGUACUAGUUAAUGUAAUAAACUCUGCCUAAUGUAAUAAACGCUGCCUUUUGUCUGUAGCUUACCACAUUCUAUGCACUCACUGUGCAGCGGAUACAGGAGUAUCUGCUCAUUGGAAGAUUACUGAAGCCCUGCUAACCCUUUUGGAUCAACAUUACUAUGAAAGUAGAAGCCUGGUAGGCAUGUUUUCCAAUUUUUCCUCCCCCUAUGAUCUAAACUAAAACCAAAUUGAUCUUUAUUUCCUGCCUUUUUUGGGUAAAGAGGGAUGGGAAGGAGUGUUCAUCGUUGUAUGUCAACAGGCCAGUGCUGGCAGGUCCAGGCUCCUGCUGUUGGCUUUAUGACAAAGUACUCCCCUGUAUCACGCUAAAGCUUGAUUCCUGGCACAGAAGGGAUGUUUGAAAAUGUCUCGCUGGGUUAGCAAAUACCAGAACUUUUUAUAGCAAUGUGUCCAAAAUGCUGCUUGUAUAGGAUUUGUCACUUUUGUAAGAAAAGGAAAAAAGUCACAAAAAAAAAUAUAUCUGAAAAUCCCACCAUUUGAUGCCGUUACAUAAGAUUUCAUUUAAACUACCUCUCAGUGUGAAAUGCAAACAUUAGUUCAGUUUAAUAAGGUUUACUCACUGUCACGAUAUGUAAAAAUUAGUGAAUGCCAAAACUGCUAAAGUUUAUCACCAAAAAGGAAAAAAAUUCAGUAGUUUGUUUUUUUUUUUAAAUGUGUUUGAAAGUAUCCAAUAGUUUCAAGUUAUGGUAAACUCUUGCAAACUCUAGCUGCUGGACAGGAAAUAAAUAAUAACCACAAGCUUUCAUAAUUAUGGUCUGCUGGGUAAAAACAAUUUUGUAUGCAGCUUUGUUGUUUGGCUGUGGAUAGCCUCAUUCACCAUUAAUUUAGUCGUCUUGUUUUUUUCUUCAGUACUUGUGAUUUGAACUUGAUGAAUGGUAUUCUGUAAUGGAUGUGUGCCACAAAUUACAUUGUCUCGUUUGCCUCUUUUCUGAAUUUUGAUGAUCAGUUUAUUAUUGCAGAUGUGAAUACUGCUCAUACAGCUUAAUUUCUAUAUAAUUGUAUAAAAUUUAAAUGGAAAAAGUUUUAAGUUCCUACACAAUAUUUAGAGGUAAUGUAUUAUGAUAGACUUAUGUUGCAGUUUUACUUACAGAGUACUGUACUUCUUUUAAACUGGAUCAUACCAUCUUGGUAGGUUUAGAUAGUUUGGGGUUUUUUUUGGUUUUGGGUUUUUUUUGGGUUUUUUUUUUUUUUUUUUGCAUGAGUGUGUUUUGGUUUUGUUUCUUUUUAAUUGAAGUUCGAUUCUUUUAAGUUCUAUUUUCAGUGUUUGUAUUUACUACUUGUGAUCAUGUAGUUGUGCCUUACAUUGUGAAAGAAUUUAGUCCAGUGUGCACUGUAAUUCCUAAACUCUGCAAUUUGGAAGGCGGCUGUGGAUUUGGAUGAGAAGAUGACACCAUGCUUCGACCGGUUCUGUAUUAACUAUGAAAUAUUAUUGAAGUGUCAUUUUUGUUUUCUAACCUGUUAAAGGAAUGAUUACUGACAAUAAAAAAAAAAUAAAGUAGCCCUUUCUAACAGA